AUGAAAGACGACAUGAAAGAAGACCAACAAGAACCACUCUACCACCACCAUAGAAAGGCCACCGCUUUUGCCCGCCAAAAGUUCACCAAGCCCACUGCGUAUUUUUUCAUCCUCCUCCUCCUAUCCUACAUCUUGGGUUACUUCUCCGCUCCAUCCGGCAGGUCAUCACCCUGCUCUCCCACCCAACUAAUGAGUUCAGACAACGCUGCCGCCGCAGGCGGCGGCCUCGACGACCACUACCGUUUCGCUACUCGUUGCAGCAACGACCCAGUUCCUUCCAAUCUCGUGCGCCAAAUGCUUCUCGACCGAUUGUUCGACGGCGUGUCCCCGUACGACAAUUUUCCCCCGGCGCACGUUAGCCCCUUCCUCCGCGAGAAGAGAAUCAAAGGGUGGGACUCGUACAACUCCGUUUUCGAGACCCUAAUCCGCAGAGUCCGACCCAAGGUCAUAAUUGAGGUGGGCACGUUCUUGGGCGCGUCGGCGACUCACAUGGCCGAGUUGGCGAGUGGACUCGGCCUCGGAACUCAGAUAAUAUGCAUCGACGAUUUCCGCGGCCAGCCCUGGGGCCGUCACCACCAAGAAGUCGUGGAGGAGGAAGGGGAUAUACCGAUGAUAAACGGCGACUUGUUGCUUAUGUACCAGUUCAUGCAAAACGUGGUGCAUGAAAACGCAACCGAGUCGGUGUUGUUCCUGCCGUUUUCCUCCUGGAUAACUCUGGAUGUUCUGUGCCGUUGGGGUGUGUUUGCCGAUUUAAUUGAAGUGGAUGCGGGUCAUGACUUUCACUCCGCCUGGGUAGACAUAAACCUAGCUUACAAAUUGUUAAGACCCGGUGGUGUUUUGUUUGGGCAUGACUAUUUCCUUCCACUUGAUAAUAAAGGUGUUAAAAGAGCUGUGGAUUUGUUUGCCCGAGUCAAUGGUCUCCGAGUCCAAAUCGACGGGGAACACUGGGUCAUCGACUCGUCCUAA